AAAUCUGACAGCUGUCAGAUGUUUUGACAGCAGUAUGCAGUGCAGAUUUUUAUUUUUUAAUUAGACAAAUAACAAUAAAUGGAAACGACGAACGCAAUAAAGUGAAAAUUGGUACAAAUCCCGACCUAAUGCUGAAGUUAACGUGAAAAUCACCCAACAAAAUGUCGACACUCAGCGAAAGCGAUGUUUAGGAGCAGAAGUUGGUUUGGGGGCGGUUGGGGCCGCCCCAAGAACCCCCAUUCGUUGGAGCACCUCAAGUAUCUGUACAACGUGCUGUCGAGGAACCAGACGGUGUCCGAGCACAACAGAGGCUUGCUCGUGGAGACUCUACGAUCCAUUGCUGAGAUUUUAAUAUGGGGCGAUCAAAACGACUCUUCUGUGUUUGAUUUUUUCCUGGAAAAGAACAUGUUAUCAUUUUUCCUGAAGAUCAUGAGACAAAGAAGUGGGGGCAGCAGUUUUGUAUGUGUUCAACUAUUACAAACUUUAAAUAUUUUAUUUGAGAAUAUCAGAAACGAAACAUCAUUAUAUUAUUUAUUAUCAAAUAACCAUGUCAAUUCCAUAAUUGUACAUAAAUUCGACUUUUCCGACGAGGAAGUGAUGGCUUAUUACAUUUCAUUUUUAAAAACGUUAAGCCUAAAACUCAAUGCCCAUACGAUACAUUUUUUCUACAAUGAGCACACAAACGACUUUCCUUUGUACACUGAAGCCAUAAAAUUCUUCAACCACCCAGAAUCAAUGGUUAGGAUAGCAGUGAGGACUUUAACGCUAAACGUGUACAAAGUUGAGGAUGCCAGUAUGUUGGCGUUUAUCAGGGACAGAACUGCGGCCCCGUAUUUUUCAAAUAUCGUGUGGUUCAUCGGGAAACACAUCAUGGAACUGGACGCAUGCGUAAGAAAUGAUGCUGAUCAUCAAUCCCAUAACAGACUGUCAGAUUUGGUGGCAGAGCAUCUCGACCACUUGCACUACCUAAACGACAUCCUUUGCUUGAACAUUACCGACCUGAACCACGUGCUCACUGACCACCUGUUGCACAAGCUGCUAAUACCUCUGUACAUAUGCUCGCUGGCCGCUUCUACUUCCGCUGCGCAGACCACGCGGCGCAGAACGACCGACGCCGUCGCCAAGAUGCUGGCGCAGCACUCCGCGACCCCGGACGGAAGUCCGAAGAUGGAGACCGGAAACGGGAAGGUCUCCUGCGUGGUGGCGCUGUUUCUGUUGUCUCAAGUUUUCCUCAUCAUUUCGCAUUCGCCUUUGGUGCAAACGUUGGCAUGGAUCGUAUUGAAAACGGACCGGUCGAUAUUCGAAAAAGGCGUCGACAAAUUGUUGCAGUAUUACGAGAACGAUGUCAAACGAAGGGAGUCGAGCACUACCGAAGAUUCCGCGACACCAAACACAGACAUCGACAGUAAAAGUUCGACUGAGAGCAUAUCGGAGUUGCGUAGCAACGUGACAGACGAAGAAAAACAACGGUUGGCCACCGAAACGCCAUCUACCGGCGAACAUCCGUUUCUAGAUGCCGUAUACGGCGCUCUAGAUUGCGCGGAGAACGACUAUGUCGCUCUAUUCGCUCUUUCUCUGUUCUAUGCCAUGGCCAACAACAAAGGAGUCACGGCAGACGUGAUAGAGCAGGUUCUGCGCCCGAAAAAAACCUUCACCCCGAAAACCCCGUCUCAAAAAGACGUCAAGUACACCUACAACGUCCACCUGGUGGACAAACUUCUAAACAUAGCGGCCUGCUCCUGCCAGCCGUCUUGUCGCGUCAGGUUGGUAACCUUGGAGCUCGCCUUGAAGCUUUUCGUGCAGCUGGUCACGUGCGACGGGAAAAAUAUUUUGCUGGACGGCCACGCGGCGCUGAUAGACGCGGCCAAAACUCAAAGCACCGCCUUGCUGAGGAAUUUCUACAAGAGCGAGGAGAUUUUUUUGGAUAUGUUUGAACACGAAUAUUGUGAUAUGUCAAAAGGUUCUUUAAAUGUGGAGUGGUUAUGUAUGGACAGCGCCAUCUUGUUGCCGCCCACUGGUACUCCAAUGACAGGCAUCGAUUUUACGAAAAGAUUGCCCUGUGGAGAAGUUGAACGUGCCAAAAGGGCGAUACGCGUAUUUUUCUUGGUCCGUAACGCGGUGCUGACGUUAAAUGGGGAAUUGGAGACUCAGUUACCUCUGACAAACCCUCAGAGCUGCGUUCAAAUUGACCAAGCACUGGACCUGAACAAUUCCGAUCUGAUAGCCUGCACCGUUACGUGGAAAGAUGGCACCAAAAUGAGGCGAUUUUUGGUCAUUGACGUUUUACAGCUGAUUUUGGUCGAACCUGACACGAAAAGACUCGGUUGGGGCGUUGCCAAAUUGGUGGGGUUCCUACAGGAUAUAGAGGUUACAGGGGACAAGGACGAUUCUAGAUGUCUACAUAUUACUAUACAUAGACCCAUAUCAGGUGCUACAGCAAAUAGAGUGCCAUUAUUGAAUGCCAAGUUCGUCUUCGACGACAAUAUCAGGUGUAUGGCUGCCAAACAAAGACUUUCCAAAGGUCGUUUGAAAGCGCGCCAAAAAAAGAUGCAGCACAUCGCGCGGCUGCUCGACAUACCGGGCCAGUCCGGCCCGCCUAGUCCCGCCUUCGUGGGGAGCGGCCUUUACGCGUCGCGAAACCCUGGCAGGGGCUUGCGCGAAACGAGGCCCCUUUUCUGCCCCAACAAGGUGCCCGGGUUCGCGGCCCCCCGCAGGGAGAGCUCCCCCGGCAUCAUUCACAGGGCCGAUCCCGCCAAGCACGCCAGGGACGGCGUCAGCCCCAACAGGUUGGCAAACCUGAAGAAAGAAGAGCGCGAUAAAUCUCGAUCGCGGGAUAGCUCCUCUAGUAGGGCCAAGUCCCGCGAGGGGUCGCCGCGCAUGCCCCGCCCCCGCAGCGAGGAAAUCCCCUUAGAGCUGAUCAAAAAGGCGUCGAACUCGUGUUUGGAUAUGGCGCCCAAAAUUAGCAUCGUGCCGCGCCCGCAGACCCCCAAAAUCGAGGUGGCCUCGACUUCCGGUGGCCCGACGACUUCCAGCCAAUCACAGGCGGAGACGGCGAAAGAGUUGGCUGUGUCAGAGGAGACGUCGUUUAUUGCCGACGAAUUAAGGGGAGCGUCGAAAAAAAAGGGGCUCAUCGAGACUAUAUAGUUUUUUUAUUAUUUAUUGAUUGGAUCAUUGUGUAAAAAGUUAUCUAUUAUUAAAAAAAUGACA